GUACGAAGAAAGUCACGUAUAAAGGCAAAUAUAAUAGUCCUGUGCUUUACUCCUUUCUCCGAUUGUAUUACACUUUCCCUCCAAUUACGAAGCAAACGUUCAUUGUCUUAAGUCCAAUCCCAACCAAAGGACAAGACAAUAGGAGAUGUUGAAAAUUUAAGACAAUGCUAUUGAUACAGUAUUUAGGUACCUACCUACCUACUAUCAGAGACUAAACGCUGCAAUAUUCAAAUUUAUUCUCACUCGUAAUUACUACACACCAUGGCUAUGUCCAAAAUAUCGCUACCAUCCUUUGACUUCACGGAAGACGAGAAAGUUGAAAACCAAAACUACGUAAACUACCUCCUUCAUCGUAGCUUAGAGCUGCUUGAUGGCUACAAGAAGAAAUCCACCGUCUUCGACUUGUACGAUGCUGCUGUUGCGGUCGAAGAUGCGCUAGCUAUAGCCAAGGACCCGGGUGCAUGUGAGUCUCCCCCUCUCGCGAAAUGCUACCUUAAUCAGGGACAUAUUCUAGAAGCCAUGGAAAACUAUGCAGAGGCUCGUAGUGCGUAUCAAAAAGCCGCGAGAGCACCUUCCUAUAGUGCUCUAGAUCGUGCUGCUUCGGAGCAGGCUGCUUACUGUGAGGCGCAGAUAGAGCAGAACGUCCGGGAUGGGAGGAGAAAAGGAGGCCUAUGGCCAGAUAUCUACCAACCGGGCUCCUCGAAUGCCAAUCCCGUCCAGUCCCCAAAUCUGAGGGAAGUGGGUGCCAGAAAGCCUUCUAUAGAAAGACCCCGUAUUCAUAAUUUGCAACGGUCACAGCAUCUUGCUCCGUGCCAUGAAGGAUGGAUGACAGAAGCGGUAUCUACUCCUGGUCUUGAUCACCGAGGUAUGCUUCUACCAACUUCCCCUCUUAGAUCCUUUAAAGAGCACCUUGCCAUUAGAAGUGCCGCAACGAAGAAAUCAUAAUAGCUGUAGCAUCUUUGUUCUAUAGAACAGAU